CGUAGUUGCGCCGGCAAAGGUUGGCAGGGGGCGGUUCUUCAGCUGUAGCUAUCGUCCACGUCCUUUGACUCAAGCACGCCGCUUCAGCUGUGGAGGUAGGGCGGGCACUAGGUGGAGGCGUGCACCCCGCCUCCUUCACGUUUUCCACCGUCGUGACGUGCGGCCGUGCCCCCUCACGCCCCUGUGCACCGGGGUCUCCGGGCUUGGUUCCUGGGUCCCGGCUGUCAGAGUUUUUUCGCCAAUCCCGGAAGUGGGCUCGCGCCCUGCGGUUCCUGCUCCCGGGCGGCGACCGUCGCCACGGUGGCGGCCACUGCAUCUCGUCCCACCUCCGCGGCCCUGGGUGCCGUAGUGUCGACGGGCCCCGAGCCUAUGACCGGCCAGGGCCAGUCGGCGUCCGGGUCGUCGGCGUGGAGCACAGUAUUCCGCCACGUCCGGUAUGAGAACCUGGUAGCUGGUGUGAGCGGCGGGGUCUUAUCCAACCUUGCGCUACACCCGCUCGACCUCGUGAAGAUCCGCUUUGCCGUGAGUGAUGGAUUGGAACUGAGACCAAAAUAUAAAGGAAUUUUACAUUGCUUGAGUACCAUUUGGAAACUUGAUGGGCUGCGGGGACUUUAUCAAGGAGUAACUCCAAAUGUUUGGGGUGCAGGUUUAUCCUGGGGACUCUACUUUUUCUUUUACAAUGCCAUCAAAUCAUAUAAAACAGAAGGAAGAGCUGAAAGGUUAGAGGCAACAGAAUACCUCAUCUCAGCUGCUGAAGCUGGAGCCAUGACCCUCUGCAUUACAAACCCAUUAUGGGUAACAAAAACUCGCCUUAUGUUACAGUAUGAAGGUGUUGUUAACUCCUCACAGAGACAAUACAAAGGAAUGUUUGAUGCACUUGUGAAAAUAUAUAAGUAUGAAGGUGUGCGUGGAUUGUAUAAGGGAUUUAUUCCUGGACUGUUUGGAACAUCACAUGGUGCCCUUCAGUUUAUGGCAUAUGAAUUGCUUAAGUUGAAGUACAACCAGCAUAUCAAUAGAUUACCAGAAGCCCAGUUGAGCACAGUAGAAUAUAUAUCUGUGGCUGCACUAUCCAAAAUAUUUGCUGUGGCAGCAACAUACCCAUAUCAAGUUGUGAGAGCCCGUCUUCAGGAUCAGCACAUGUGUUACAAUGGUGUAACGGAUGUAAUUGCAAAGACAUGGAGGAAAGAAGGCAUCGGUGGAUUUUACAAAGGAAUUGCCCCCAAUUUGAUUAGAGUGACUCCAGCCUGCUGUAUUACCUUUGUGGUAUAUGAAAAUGUCUCACAUUUUUUACUUGGCCUUAGAGACAAGAAAGUAAGCUAAAAAAAAAAGUAAUUCCUGUAUAUUUUCCCAAGACAGCAUCAAUCUCCUUUGUGUUUGAGACAUGAAACUCAGAAGAAUGCUGCACAGCAAAAUGGCUUAUAAACAAAAUUUGUCGUUAAUCUUUAGAAGUCAAAGAGCUGCUAAGUCUUCACAAUGUUUCCUGCUUCUUGUCUUCUCCAUAUAUAUGGGACUUGGCUACCUCUGUCUGUCAUGACUGCCUUCUACAUGUUAAAACUGACACCAAGUGUAGAGUUUCAGACAUCUCUCCAUUUCAUUAAGUAGAAACUAAUUUGCAACAUUUGCUAAAUGGAUUGGAGGAAUGUGCCCCUUUUUCAGAAUUUGUUUGCCUGGAUUGACUUUAAAAUUGACCUUGUGCAAUAGCAAGAAAACAGCUUCUUAAAAGAAUGUUUGUUUCAAGGGUAAUUAAACUUUAAGAAUUUACUGAAUAAUGUGUUUAGAAUUUACUGAAUAAGGUUUUUGCCAAAUCCAGAUCAUUUUGAAUGGGGAUAUUUUAGUGAGAAAAGUCCACUGUAAACGUGCUUUAGUUUUAAUUCAUUUGGAACACACUAACUGUAGAAAUUUGAGGAAUUAUGUAAUUCUCUGAGAAAUAUCUAACAUUUUUUUGUCAUUCCAUUGCUUUUUUCCCCCAGUGGCUCUUCCAUAAUUUAAAACAUAAUCCUGGACUCAGUUCUUGGUUUGGGGCAUAAAUACCUAGUGUAGAUUAAAGUCGUAAAAUCUCAACUUCUAGGCUCUGGCAGCCUUUAUUUAGCAUGUAUGGCUGUGAAUCACUUAUGAGAAGUGCUCAGUAGAUUGCCUUUCACAGAUACUGUGUGUUGUUAACAAACUGAAAAGAGGGAAAUUUUAACUUUCUCCUUUAAUGUCCAGAUGUAUGGAUCCAGUUCCCAAUAAAUGAUUAAUCUACAUUGGUCGCUCAAAUUCACAUUGAAGUACAAAUUAUAUUAAUGGCUAUUAUUGAUUUUACUUGUUAAAGUAAUUGUAACUAUCUGUAAGUAUAAAGGCCUACCACAAAAGGCCGACAGAAUAAUACUGAUAUUGUAUUUAUCAUAAACAUCAAUGCGUGCUGUUGCACUACCAUCCACUUGUUGUAAAUAAAAUAUUAUGGUUUUCAGAGCCAUAUUUCUUUGAAAAUAGGUCUAUUUUUUUAUAUUUUGAAAGUGGCAUUGUUUUUAAAAUAAAGAUGAAAUGAUAAGUAUCUAAUUGUAUUUAAUACAUAUAACAUGCAUAGGAAUGUUUUGUAAAUUAAGUAUAGUGUUUUUUCAUACUUCUGGAUUAUAUUGUAACUUAUAUGAAAUCCUGAUAUUAAUACCUAUAUGGAAAGAUAAACUAUAGUUUAUAUUUGGAGUUUUAGAGGUAGCACCAUCAUUUGAAUCUUGCUGUGUACCCACAAAUUUAUAAAACAUAAUUCUUGUCCUCCAAGAGCAUAUAAGCUAACAUAAUAAAAUUUGCAUUAAAUAAGAACAUUAAAUUAAGAACAUGCAGGGACAUUUUUACAAAGAGUUUCUAAAAGUGUUUUGAGAAAAGAGCUCUUACUUCACUCAUUCAACAAUAUUUACCAAGUACCAGUUGCCAGGAGCCAGUUACCAGGCUUCAGAAAUAUAGCAGUAAGUCAGCUGGACAACAUUCCUGCCCUCAGGGGAUUUUCAUUUUAGUAUGAGUCUCGGAAAACAAAUCUAUGUAUAAUUUCUGGUGUUGAAAGCAAAUAAAAUGAAAGCAGAAUUGAGGAUAGUGUUGGCUUCUUAGUAUGGUUGGUGUUGGGCAGGGUGUUUUUGAGGAAGUAAUAUUUGAGAACUUUUAAAAGAAGUGGGAAAGCAAACCACAAGAAAAUAGAGAAAACAUAUUCUAGGCAGAGAGAAUGGGAAUUACAGAGGCCCUGAGGCAGGACUUACCUUGAGUAGAGAAUGAGUGACGAAAGGGGAGGUUGGAGAACUGACUACUACAGCAUUGCAGGAAAGAGUGCAGGCUGGUAAAUCAGACUGGCUUCCAGUUUCAGCCUCCUAAUUUUCUGUUUGACCAAAGGCAAAUCAUUUCACCUGCCUCUUGGUUCCUCAUCUGUGGAAUGAUGUCUUAGAUCAGUUCCUCUAGUAAUGCCUGAGAUGGGGAUUCUUGGGCACAUGACUGAGGGAGUACUCUUAGGAAAAAUCUGUAACAGAAUAAAGAAAACAGAAUAAGGCAGGGAAAGAAGAAUAAAGGCAGUCCUCCAAAUAAGGGUGGAGAGCUGUUGGCAGCCAACCUGUAGCAGCUAGGAUAGGAGUGCACCAGCCCUGUAAAAGGAAUCUAAAUGAGUCACCAGCAGCAUGUGAUACAUAGCCAUAGGAUUAUUGACAGGAUUAAUUGAAUUUAUUCAAAUAAAGAAUUUAACACAGUUCUUGUAAACCUUAACAGAAGCCAGAUCUUGUAGUCUAUGGUAAGAAGUUUAGAUUGUAUGAGAACUCAUUUUGGUGAUUGGAGGAACAAUUAGGAGACAGGCAAGAAGCAGGGAUACUGGUUAAGAAGCUUUCUGGUGUCAAGAGUUGGUGGUAGCUUGGACAUGGUUGAUGGAGUCAGGUGGUGAUUUACAGCUUGAGGGGAACUAGAACAGGGUUCAUGAGAAAACAUUUAAGCAGGACCUUGAAGGAAGAUUAUAAAUGGAACCUCGAGAAAACUAGCAAGCAGGGAGUGGAGGUGGCCUGUCUUGAGCAGUGAGUCGUCAGUAUAAUAAAUAAAAGUGCGAGCUGCAAGCCUGGUCAGUGCAUAACCCUGGGCCUUACUAAUAAACCUAUUGGGGUUUUAUUAGGUAAAAGAGAAAUGAGAGUAAUUAGUACAGAGACAUGGCUAGGGGUGACAGGAAGACCAGUCAGAGAGAAGCAAACUUAAAACAUAUGUUAUCAACCAUGUAAAUAUUUCAGUAGUUUGAACAUUGAUUCGGUUUAUAGAAGUUGAAGACAGGUUGCAAGCAGCUGAGGAAGUGAGCAAACUGUGAGGAUGUAAUUUACCAUGGACUCUUCUUUCUGGGAUUUCAGCAGAUGAAGGAAAAGUAAAAGAACUUUAUCAUGAAAAAGUACUGUAAGUCUAGGAAGGGCUGGAAGUAGGAGAGGUUGGCAAGGGAAAAACCAGAAUAUGACUAUAGAGAACUCUAAAAGAAGCCAAAAAAUAAACAAGCUAUGUGCCAGAGACCCAUGAUGAAAGACCCAAAGUGAUGGGUUUCAGGCUUUAUAAAGAAGUCCCUUUGAUUUCAAUAUGUUUUUGUGGUCUGACAAUAAUUACGUCAUGUUUUUUAAACAGCACACUAUAUAAUAGGGAUAUCAACUAAAAAGUAUAUUUGAUUUCAGAAGUCAUCAGUUAGGUUUUCUUUUUUGUUAAAUUUGUUUUGGAGUUGUAGUUGGACAGAAUGCCGUUAUUUUAUUUGUUUAUUUUUAUGUGGUGCUAAGGAUCAAACCCAAUGCCUCAUACAUGCUAGGCAAAGUGCUCUGCCACUGAGCUACAACCCCAGCCCAGGUUUUCUUUUGAAUGUGAAUCCCACGAAAAGUCCUCCAGAUAAAAUAUGUAUUAUUACCACUUUUGUAGCAAAUUCUCUGUAGUGGUUAUUGAAAUAAAUGUAAUACUGCGAAAUGA